AGGUGAUACCAAAGUUUCUAAUAGAUGUCGCAACAUGGCGAUGGAAUGUUUGGUGGAAAAUUUAAAUGAACCCCCCAGCAAAGAUGAAUUCGAUAAAUUGUUGGAAGAAUUAUCAAACAACCCCGAAGUUUUAUGUAAGAGUCAACAAAGAGACGAAAUGGACAGCUCGCCGGAAGAAAAACUUAAAUUUCUCACGGAAAUUUUCACUAAAAGUAAAGCCAACUUUUUGUCACGUUUUGGUAGGUUCCUAAAUUCGGAUGAAAUUAAUCUCUUCCAACAAUUUGAAGAAGACACCAAAGACGGUUACGAGGUUAAAUAUCAUUUAAAAAACUUAAAAGAGAGCAGUUUCAAAACAAGUAAACGCUUACGGAAUAAACGUUUUGCUGCACUAAAACGGCUGGUGUCUACAGGAGCCUAUUUCUCGGAAACGGAAAUGAUGAAACGAAAUCCUUUGCUGUACGAUCAAUUGGUCGGACGCUACUUGUCGACAAGAGAAAAGCGUUUACGUGAUCGCUCAGGCUGCUCAGACGUGAACAGUUUUGUGAGCAUUCUUAUGGGGGGCAUUGAAAAGGAGCAAAUGGAAGCCAAACGAAGAGUCCAAGAGAUGGAAGAGCGGGACGAGGAGGAAGACAGUAGUGACAGUGAGGAAGACACUGGUACUGAAAAACCGGUGCAUACACUGUGGGGAGAAUUUCGCGAGGAGAAUAAUCAACCGACAAAACCACGACGAACCACCAAAGAUAUUGAUCUUUUCAUUACUUCAGAAGAGAGAGAAUUACUGAAGGAGGAAUUCGUAAGCACAAUGUACGAACAAUUCUUAGAGGGCAAAGAUGAUGAUUUUGACUACAAUGCUGUGGAUAACAGCGAAGAAUAUGAUAAUUUGGAAAUCAUCACUAAUGAUGAAGAAGAAAAAUAUUUUGAUUCUGAGGAACCUGAGGAUGUGAGUAUGAACGUUGAAAAUACAGCGAAUGUUAAAGAAGAAAGCUCAGAAGAUGAAUUAGACAUUUAUAUGAGUGCUCUCAAUCAACAUCCCUCAGUUUGCCAAUUAUCAGAGGAUAUAAAAAAACUGUAGUGGCAACAAAAUUACUUUUUGUAAAAUGUGAUAUGAUUUUAAUGUACUUUUGUAAUAAGUAGCACUUUAAGAAUUAAAAAUGU